AUGCCUGGCGCGCAGGAGCCUGUCGCCGGCGAUCCACCUUCACAGUCGCCUUGGCUGCGAGCACAUGUUCCCGAUGAGCUCAAGGGACUGACGCCGGUCGAAGAGAAGCUCAUCUCGCUGAACUCAUGUUACGGGUUUGUCACGAGAUAUAGCAUUCCGGUGUUUCCGAACAAUGUGCAGGAGCUGGCCACCAAAGUGCUCCCACCCCCUUUGCAAGCACUGGACGAGAUCCACAUCUCGUGGCAGGGCGCGGAGAAGCCGGCACCGAGCGACCUGUCGAGUCUCUUGUCGAUCGAGAUCGACGCGGCGGAGAUGGAGAGCUGGGAGACUCGAUACACGGGUACCGUCGUCGGUGUGCGAUCGUAUGGAGCGGAACGAGCCGUCUGGGUGGGAGAAAGCGCGGACGGCGCACGUUGUGCCGCCCACGGAACGCGCCAUGGACGAGGAGGGCCGGUGGAGAUCGAGGAGCUCUUCGCCCUGCUCAACCAAGGACAAGAAGCCGGCGGCCAGGGUGAAGGUCACGGGCCCAACGGAGAAGGCGCGGUUCGCGAUGGAAGUGACGCCUGCCCCGACCAGAACGUUCCAGCGAUCAACGAGGUGACGUCUUCUGGCAUGUUCGCGCUCGACGGACCGCCAGACGUCGCGGACGUGGAGAAGCUGCAGUUUGCCUGUGACGCUGUUGGUGAAGGUGCCGACGACGGCCGUGCGGGCCCGAGAGCGUGGGUCGGGUCCCUAGCCGGGGGGGUUCGGGGGCGUGGCGACGGUGGUUGUGAGCCAUACAUCCGGGUUUCGCGGGGGGGUGAGUUUACCGAUUCCUUUGAGGCGUCCUUCUUUGCCAGGACGUUCCCGACCCUGUUCCCAUUUGGCGUUGGGGGACCAAGGGCUGUCGAGGCAGAGGCGGCCGCGGGAGACCCCGUAUCGUCUCGAAGCUUGAACCUUCAGGCGUGGGCCGAGAUCGUGCUCCGGCGCCAUGGUGGUCGAUUUGCACUGCACCACAUCUUCGCAUUUCUCGUCUUCAACAUGGGGGUGCGGUCGAGGAACCGCCGGGUCAGCAUGUUGAGUGUGGGGAGGAAGAACUUCCGCAAGGUAGAGCGCAUCUCGCUCAUCGUCGGAUAUGGCGUGCCGGCCAUCUGGUUCACCAUCAACCCGAACGACAUUACGAACCCGGUGAAGCUGCGACUGGCGGCAUACCGCACACGCGAUCCCGACGCGGCCGAGGAGUUCUUAGAAGGCCUUGGGGAUGCGUAUAAGCGGGCACGGCUGGCGAUAUCGGAUCCCAUGAGCUCGGCCGUGUUCUUCCACCGCGAGAUGAAGCUAUUCUUCGAUCAUUACGUGAAGGUCGGUGAAGAGUCGGUAUUCGGGCGCAUCGGCAAGUACUAUGGCGCCGUGGAGACGAACGAACGAGGGGCGCUUCAUGUUCACGGCUUGCUCUGGCUGCACGGGAACGCGCAUCUCAGCUCGAUGCUUGCCGACAUCCACGGGGAGGAUCAGGCGGCGUAUCGCGAGCGAAUCGUCCGAUACAUCGAUAGCGUCUUCUCAGAGGAUCUGGACCAGGAAAGUUUUUGCGCCGUGCAAGCGGAGCGAUCUGUGACGGGCGGUAUUGGUUCGCUGCUGGACAACGCCGCGCAGUUCUCGGCCGCGUUUAUCGAGGAGGCCAACUUCUGUGCCGGCGCGACGCAGGAGGGCGGAAGGGGACCUCUGCCGGUUCAAGGCGCCAUGGAGAUCCGGAGGACACACAGCAUGGUCAAUCGAUGGAACGAGGCUAUUGCUGUCGGGCUCCGGCACAACCAUGAUAUUUCCUUCAUUGCGACGCAGCGCAAGACAAUGGCCCUCAUCUAUUAUGUCACGAACUACGCGACCAAGGUGGAGGACCCGGUGUGGAAGCGUGUGGCGGCCGCGGCCGAGCUCCUGGCCGCCUCAACAGGGAACAGGACGCGACAGUUCCUGAUGAGAGUGGCGAACCGCGUGUUCACGGAGCGUCCGCUAUCACAGGUCGAGGUCGUCGCUCACCUUCUCGGAUAUCCGGCCGAGUUCACCGACAGCAGCGCGUGGGCGUACCUGAACUGUUCUCUGCUGUACUGGGAAGUCUUUCGGCGAUGGCGGCAUCUCCGAGAAGCCAGUGGCGCUGCGGCUAUGGAUGACACCUUGGAUGAGUCGGUCGUCGUCGAAGAAGAAGGCCUGAGAAUCUCCCACGUCGAGGCGUACCAGCACCGGGGAGAGCUGCUGAAAGGCCUAUGCCUGUAUGACUACAUAUCGAUCGUCAGACUGAAACGCAUCGGCAACGACGAGAGCUGGGCGGCUUGGGGGGAGAUGUCUUUCGAGGAUGGAUGGGCGCCGGGACGACGCUGGGUUCAGGUGCUCAGGCGGCCGGGCAAGCACGCUACCGUCUGCCUCGACGGCUACCUGAGCAAGGACUUCACCUACGAUGACGAGUCGUGCUACCGGAGGGCAGCCGUGCAGCAUCUUGCGCUGUUCGUGCCGUGGGAGUCCUUCCUGGGCGAAGGAACAGGUGAGAUCAACAGCAUCUGGGCGCGGGCUCGAGACGCUAUGGCCCCGAGAAUAUCAUGUCUCGUCGACAACGUGCAGCUGCUUCGACGAUCCGCCGAAGACGCAAAACGCGACGCCAAGCAAUGGGCAGCCUCGUCCGGCGAUGGCGACCCGACGGUCGCACACGUCGAGGAGGGUGGAGCAGGCGAGGCGGGCGCGGAGUCUGCAGCGACAUAUCAGCCCAACAGCAUCGGAGACGCAACGCGGCUCAUCGACGUCGUCCGAGGUGCAGUGGGAGCGAAUCAGGUGACGGCCAAGUCGCCGGAGCUCAUGGCAAUGAUACAGCAGCUCUGUCGGUUUCAGCAAUCGGCGCUGCGCUCGACGGCCGAGCUCGAGGCCACGGCGCUGAUCGAACGAGGGAGGGGCGGUUAA